AUGGUCUUCACCUUCCAGUUCCUCUGCGAGCUCAUUACUCGAUCGGUGGGAGGGGUGCUGAGAUGCACCUCUCCUGAGAGCUAAGCCCCAUCAUCAAAUCAAUUGUAAUAGCUGAGAGUCUUUGCGUCAGAUUUUGACACUAUGCAGAUUUCCAAGAUGGUUGUCCUCGCGGCUUCCAUCAUAGGCAAGUCUAGUCUGGGAAAGCACUUGUCUCAAGGCAGUUUGUGGAUAUGGCUCGAAUAAGGAUAGAGGGCCUACUCGCAGCAUUUCUGAAGCUUGUUGGUACUGGAAAGCAGCAUACCUUUGUUGAGAUGGAAAGUGUAUGCUAUGUCUACCAGCCGAUUGAAGCUCUCUAAUACUCGUAACAAACAAGCAGAGCAACAUUCUUGAAGAUCUGGAGACACUGAAACUUUUAUCAAAACUUGUGUCUGAGUAUGCUUCCUAUCUUGAUGAAGAAGGUAUCUGCACAAGUGCAUUUGAUCUGUUUUUUUGCCUUUGAUGAAGCUAUCUCUCUUGGAAACAAGGAGAAUGCAACUGUUACUCAGGUCAGGCAAUAUUGUGAAAUGGAGAGUCAUGAUGUGAAGCUUGGAAAUCCGUCUUGAUGUCAGUCACCUCUUAUGCAUUGGGGAUUUUUAUGAUUUCUAAAUCUCCAUGGUAUCUUCUCCCUCUGGCUUGGGCAUGGACUGGCACAGCAGUGACAGGGUUUUUUGUGAUAGGCCAUGACUGCGCUCACAAGUCAUUUUCGCGCAAUAAAUUAGUGGAAGAUAUUGUUGGAACUUGGCGUUCUUGCCCCUCAUAUAUCCUUAUGAACCAUGGCGAUUUAAGCAUGAUCAACACCAUGCCAAGACGAACAUGCUACAAGAGGACACUGCUUGGCAUCCUGUGAGAAGAGAAGAAUUUGAUUCUCAGCCUCUUCUGCACUGGGAUAUGGCCCAUUCUGACCUUGAUGUCCAUAGCUCACUGGUUAGUUUGGCUUGAGCACUGAUACUGAAUCUUUAUCAAGCAAAACAAAAGGUCGUCCACCUACAAUGCUCCUCCUAAAGGUCUUGGUAUAA